UGCUCCGUUGCACGCAGUUCGUCAGUUUCACACUGGCUGCGCCGUGAGGCUGGAUGCCAGGUCUGAGAAACCUUUCGUUAUUUUAUUUUUUUCUGGUCCUUUGUUGCAGAAAACGAAGAUGACUUAACUCCAAAGAAUCUCUGCUGGCCAGGGAUUGGCUGAAGUGUGAGAAAUCACCACCCAACCACCUGAAGGCUGCUGUACAGAUGGGAGAUUGUCCACCAGUCGUCUGUUUUGCCCACAUGCCCUAUCUGCCCUCUACCCAAACCUAAGAUGGCUGCCCAUUGCUUUUUUCUGCUCUGGAACAGUCUUGAGAAGAGCUGUGUGUUACCAUGGUGAUCAUUUUCUCAAAAACACUGGAAAAGAAGAAGGGUUUCAAUGAUGUAAGGUGCAAGGACAGUGAAAGACUGCUGUGUGAGCUCCACACCAUGAGCAGAGGGACCACCCUCUUCUCUUGUGGAUCUGUGGAGGCAGAUAGGUGGCUGGACUUGGGAAGGGGCUGCGCCAUUCAGCGAGGACCUCCCUGCCAGUCUGGUGCCGGUCUGGAGAGCCUGUGGGAUGUGCUACCAGAGCAGUGCCAGCCGAGGAGUCAGGAAUGGUGCCAGGAAGCAGGCAAUACCACAGCCAUCACUAGUCUGAUUCGAGACCUCAGCCUUGGGAACAGCAACCUCGGUGGCCCCCACUCCCACACCACAUCCACCACCACAGUCACCAACCGUACUGCCGCUGCACCCCCUAGCAAACGUCAGUGUCGGUCUUUGUCGUUCUCUGACGAGUUUGGCGGUUGGCGCUCUUCAUGGAGGCCCCAGGGCUCCCGCGUUUGGACGACAGUGGAGAAAAGGAGGUGUCACAGUGGGGGCAGCGUCCGAGGAGGGGGUGCAGGGUUUUCGGGUGGCCACUUUCCCGCCAUGCAGCGUAGCUCGAGCUUCAGCCUGCCCUCACGCUCCAGCAUCCCGACAGAUGGAGCCUUGGAGCUGCCAUGCUUCGCCCAGCGUCUGCCUCUCCACCCUCUGUUCACUGCCUCCCCCAUUUCCUGUACCUCUCCUUCCUCGCACCAUCACAACUCCCAGCAGCACAGCCACCACUCCCUGAGGCCUCUUUCCCUCUCCCAUGAACAGAUAAGCUUGCCAGAGCUUCGACGAGAGGAGGAGGCCUCAGAGGCCAGCUCUCCAGACUCCACUCCAGAAUUGGGGAGGCGAGCUGGGCAGAGAGCAUUGGGCAGUGGGGGUCUGUCCCGGAGCAGGUCCCAGCCUUGCGUACAUAAUGAAAAGAAGAUUGGCUUGAAACGUAGAAGACCAGAAGAUACACAGGAGCAACGGCCCUCUUUAAACCUGGCUAAGAUGACUCAGAGACGUCAGACUUUUCAGAGCCUGAGCUGCCCUGGAAUCUCUGCUGCUGACAGCUGCCACUCAAGCUUGCCCCUCCCCUCAUUCAGGAGCACCAGCCAAUCAGAUUCAGACUUCACCCCUGUGUCUGACCUGGGAUUGGAGGCUAGGCAGCAAGCGAUGACGGGCGAGGAGGAAGAGGAUUCCUCCUACGAGGAGCUGGAUAGCGACUCGGCAUGUAGCGUGGACUCCAGGACCGGGUCUCCUGUGGGGGUAGUGGACAGCAAAUGCAUCCUCUGGAAGGAUGACUGUGGGACACAAAGGGACAUUUUCCAGCUGGGCGGAGAGCUGGACCUCGACCAGAUCGAGAGAAAUUGAAGGUUCUGCAGAGGGGAAGUAAAAGCCUAUGACCAGAUUGUUUUAGAGUGGCAACAAAAAUUGGGGAACAUCACAUGACGAUGUCCCAGAAGAUGGCUAGAUAGAGAGGAUACGAGCAAAAGGAAGGAACACAGAAUGGAGAAGUGUUUUGUAAUGCUGAAAGGGAAUGAUGACAUGACAAAAGUUGUGGAGAUGACAAAGGGCCGAGUAUGUUGGGCAAAGAAUUUUGGAUGUCACCUUAUUGAUUGGCUUCUUUGACUUACUUCUUAAUGACACAUACUUGCCUUGAACAGUCUCAUUGUCUGUCAAAUUUAGAAAAAAAAAAAGCAGUGACCUUAGCUUUCUUUAUUUGGGUAUGUCUUAUGAGAAUCAUGUGACCCCCCUUUGUGUUCUCAUUCUGAUGACCUUUCCAAAGCCAACUAACCCUUAGGGUUGUAGUACUGUAGCAGUAGCCAUAGCCUGGCUCUCCUCUAUGUAGCUCCAUUUUGUUUUUACAAAAAGAAAAAGAGGGGGUAUGAAGCAUGGGAAAAACAAGAGAGGGCUAAUGGAGAGGGAAGCACAGCGUUGUAUUCUUGAUGAUCUCCUGCUUGACCCAUAUCUUGAUCUUGUCUGAAAAACAGGAAAAACAGAAUGUGCUGAGUGUAAAUAAGCUUUAAGUGUAUGGAAAACGACAGACGUGCCCUCUGUUUGAUACUUUCUUCUAUUUCACCUCAGAGAAUCUAGUCCGAACCGAAGCAAGCGUCUCUGACCUUUUUCUAGUUUCUUAAUAUGCAAAAUAUAUAUUUGAAUAAAACACUGAAUCUUGAGUUUUCAGUUCUAAUAUCGAUGUAUAUUUUUCUAAAUGUUUUUUUUUAUUAUUAUUAUGACCUGCUUGUAAAGGAGCAAGAAUGCAAGUCCUUCGUUUUUAACAGAAUAGAUAUGAAAUAAAUUGACAAACU